AUGAGCAAAAGAAGGCUUGAUGAGGAUGAAAGCACUGAAGUGUCUGGAGAGGGAAGUCUGAACUUUAGUGUGGUGCAUGAACUUGAUAGCGAGGACAUGGAGCGUAUUGAAGACGAUUCCUACAUGCUUGAUGGUGCAUCCGUUUCUGAGGUUGCUGAUCAUUCUGAUAUUGAGGAGUAUAUAGAGCAUGAUGCAAGAAUCUUUGGAUAUGAACGGAGAGAAGACUAUAAUGGCCAUGAAAUGCAGAAUGGAAGAAUGCAUAUGGAUAAUGCACAGAGUUAUGAUGUAGGAAGCGUUUUGAAGGCUCAGGAAGUAUCGAGUGACUUUUUUGAUCAAGAAUUCUUUAGAAGUGAUCUGGAGACAAGGUUUGUUAAUUUCUUUGGUACGUUUGGCAGUAAGAAGUAUGUGAAGAAGAUCAGACAGAUGUGUUCUGAAAAUAUGGAGAGCAUUGAGGUGAAUUAUCUUGAUGUUGAACAGGAGUCUAGUGACUUGGUAAGGUUAUUGGAUCAGCAUGCAGAGCGAACGAUUGAAGUGAUGAAUGUAGCGCUUGAGAGAGUUGUCAAGAUGCACUUUCCAAACUAUUAUAUGAUCAAGUCGAAGAUUCAUGCCAGGAUCACAGGGCUUCCUGUUGUUGAAGGGAUCCGAGCACUGAGGAACAAUCAUCUUGGAAAGCUUGUCAGGGUUAGCGGAGUGGUGACGCGUAGAAGUGGAGUAUUUCCACAUUACUCGAUUAUGAAGUUUAAUUGCCUGAAGUGUAAGUCAGUGUUUGGCCCGUUCAUUGCAUCUGUGUUCAAGCCAACGCAUUGUUUUGAAUGCCAAUCUAAAGGGCCUUUUUCUGUAGAUACGACAGAAACAAUAUACAAAGAUUUCCAGAAGCUUACGAUUCAGGAGAUUCCUGGGAGUGUUCCACCAGGGUCACUUCCGCGAUCGAAAGACGUGUUGCUGUUCUACGACCUGAUUGACUGCGCAAAGCCUGGGGAGGAGAUUGAAGUGACCGGCGUUUAUAAGAACGGCUUUAAUGUGUCUCUAAAUAUUAAGAAUGGAUUUCCUGUAUUUUUUACUGUUAUUGAGGCCAGCUCGGUGAGUAAAGACGAGGGUGUGUCUGAGAUGACAGAUGAAGAUAUAAGGGAGAUCAGAAGAAUGGGGAUGCAUCCAGACAUCCGAAGGAUUGUAGUGAACUCGAUAGCGCCUUCUGUAUAUGGGCAAGAGGAAGUGAAGAGAGCAGUUGCACUAGCGAUGUUUGGAGGAGUUGCAAAGGAAAGCAGGAGCCACCGGAUCCGUGGAGACAUCAAUGUGCUUCUUCUAGGAGAUCCAGGGAUGGCAAAGUCACAGUUUCUAAGGUAUGUUGAGAACACAUCGCAUAGGGCAGUACUAUCUACAGGGCAGGGAGCGUCUGGAGUAGGACUUACUGCAUCGGUUAGGAAAGAUCCUGUUGUCAAGGAGUGGACGCUUGAGGGAGGGGCACUUGUGCUAGCCGAUAGAGGCGUAUGCCUGAUUGAUGAGUUUGACAAGAUGAACGAGCAUGAUAGAACAAGCAUUCAUGAAGCAAUGGAGCAGCAGUCGAUAUCUAUAUCGAAGGCGGGGAUAGUUGCUACGCUGCAUGCAAGAUGCAGUGUGAUAGCAGCUGCGAAUCCUAUUCGUGGGCGAUACAAUGCAUCACUGGCAUUUACACAGAAUGUGAAUCUGAGCGAUCCAAUUGUGUCCAGGUUUGAUAUACUUUGUGUGAUAAAGGAUGUUGUAGACUGUGUUGAGGACGAGCGAACGGCACGAUUUAUAAUAGAAUCGCAUAGAGGAGGUAAAAGCAAGAUUAGUGGAUUUGAUGCGACAAAAAAAAUUAUGAGCCAGGAGUUGCUAAGGAAGUAUAUAAUGUAUGCAAGAAGCAAUGUUCAGCCAGCCUUUCACGAUGUGGACAUGGAGAAGAUAUCGAGCCUGUAUUCGGAGCUUAGGAAGGAGGGGCUGUCUUCUGGAUUACCUGUGACUGUCAGGCAUGUUGAGAGCAUUGUGAGAAUAAGCGAAGCAUUUGCAAAGAUGCGCCUAAGUGCAAGUGUGAAUGUGGAAGAUGUUGAUGAAGCGAUUUCUGUAGUGCUUGAUUCAUUUAUGGGUGCACAGAAGCAUUCGAUACACAAGAGCCUAAGAAAGAAGUUUAUGCGAUAUUUCAACAAAAGCAAUGCAGAUGUACUUGUGUUUUUGUUGAAAGAAGUGUUUAGUGAGAAGAUGAAGGCAUUCCACAAUCAAAGCGUUACAGUUGAUGAGUUUGAGAGACGGGCGCAAUCAUUUGGAUUUACAGUUCCUGAAGGCUUCUAUGGAUCUGAAGUGUUCAAAGAGCAUGGAUUUAAGCUGAACAGAGAGUCAAGGAUGCUAUCGAGAAAUAAUGGUUAG